AUGGCCCCUUCCCCCAUAGUUGCUGCCCUCCCACAGAGGCCGACCUGCAGCACAGUGACCCGCCAGAUGGCCCCUGGGACUGUGGCCCAGGUCCUGCAGCCCCCUCUUCUAGAAGCUUCUGUACCCCUUGUCAGACCAUAUCCUGGAAAACCUCUUGGUAAUCACAGGUCAAACGUGGCCGGUGAGCCUGGCCAUUCACUUGGGUUUUUUAAGCAGUAUUUAACUCUUAAGGACCAGAAGGAGUCCACAGGCCAACUGCACAAUAAAUGGCCUAGGAUUCCCUCUGAUCCCUCCUCUGAAUUGCGUGGAUGUGAACGACUGUCCCAAAAUCCUCACAGGAUGGAAAUAGGAUGA